AUGGUUGCUUCAGCCGGGAAUGGACCUACCCACAACGAAGGGACAAACGGUAGCCAUGAAGUGCAUCGUGUUUUGUCCACUCCGCCGCCACCUGGACAUGACCCUUUCCAGCCUUACAAGGUAGAAAAGUUCGAUGACGGAUUGCGAUACGAUACCCUCCAGGUUCAUGGCGGUCAUAGACCAGACAAGGAAACUCAUGCAAGAGCAGUUCCAAUUUACAACAGUGUGUCAUUCAUCUUCACCGAUAGUGGCCACGCCAAAAGAAUAUGCGCCACCGAGGAGGCCGGCUAUUUCUACAGCAGAAUCUCCAACCCUACUGUUGCUGCUUUCGAGAAGCGUUCGGCUGUCCUGGAAGGAGGCACCGCGGCUGUCGGGACUGCCUCAGGACAGGCAGCGAUUUUCAACACAAUUAUUUGUCUCGCCGGAGCUGGCGAUAACAUUGUGGCUUCGAUCAACUUGUACGGGGGCACCUACAGCCUGUUCAAGACCCUACUUCCCCGUCUUGGCAUCAACGUGAAGUGGGCGAAGCAGGAGACUCGUGAAGAAUUCGCCAAGUACAUUGAUGACAAGACAAAGUUCUUGUAUGUCGAAAGCAUUGGCAACCCACGCUGCAGCAUUCCCGAUCUUCAGGACUUGGCAGAUCUGGCCCACGAGAAUCUAAUGCCAUUUGUUGUUGACAACACCUUUGGUGCUUGUGGGACAUGGUGCAGGCCCAUUGACUUUGGUGCCGAUAUCGUCUUGCACUCAGCCACGAAGUGGAUGGGCGGACAUGGCACCGUUGUUGGGGGAGUCAUUGUCGACUGCGGCACCUUCGACUGGGGUAAGGCUGGCGAACGCUUCCCACGGCUCAUGAAAAAAGACGGCCCGAUGAACUUCUCCUACUGGAAGGCAUUCGGAAACAUCGCCUUUGCUAUGGCUCUCAGACUGGACAUUUUGAUGGAAGUGGGGUCCAUUCUGGCCCCGGCAUCAGCACAGCAACUGCUCAUAGGCAUGGAGACGCUUAGUUUGCGCUGCGAGCGACACGCGACGAACACUCUGGAAGUGGCCCGAUUCUUGCAAGCACACCCACGGAUUGCUUGGGUCAAUUAUCCCGGUCUUGAGACAAACCAGUAUCACGAAAAUGCCAAGAAAUACCUUAGGCAAGGAUAUGGCUCUGUGCUUGCUUUCGGGCCCAAAGGUGGCGAUAAGGCAAGUAAGAUGCUCUUGGACUUUGUCCGAGUCGUCUCCCAUCAGACAAAUGUAGGAGACUGUAAGACAUUAGCUACGCAUCCAUGGAACUCGACACAUGUUAUCAUGUCCGAGAAGGACCGCCGAGAGGCUGGUAUUACUCCGGCGUUUAUUCGAUGUUCCGUGGGCAUUGAAGAUGUACGAGAUAUUAUCGAGGACUUUGAUCAGGCAUUGGCCAAGCUUCCACAGGAGCUCAUUGAUGCUCAUGAUGAGAAGCUAGAGUCUAAAAUCGCUGCUGGAGUCAAUGGCAUCCAAGAAGAUGUUGUGCCCGACGCGAAUGGCAAGGUUGACUACACCAUCGCAGACGUGUCCUUGUCUCGUACUAACCACCCGGCCGGCAGGCAAGGUACAGCUUUGAAUUGGUAA